GUAAGGAAAACGCAGCGUUCCAUUGGAAAUGAAUGUCCUUCUGGUGUACCAAAAUGGUUCACUCUCGGUGGGAUCGAGGCGUUCAGCUCGAAGCUGCCACAGGAUGAGGAGAGGAGAGGGCGAGUUUAAUCCAUCAGAUUCCAACCUAACUGCCAUGAUGGAGGACAACAUUUAACGAGAAUGCUAUAAUGUAUCCAUAGUGUGCACUUUCGGCUUACUUGAAAAUGAGGAAUUUAUAUACGAGCUCGUCCGCGGGAUUGCUUAAUUGGAACAUUUCUGGAACUUUCUUUUGAAUAUUGGCUGGCUGAAAGCAAGCCCGUGCUGUGGACACACGCGACCUCUGACAUCACGGAUUUACGCAGCGCUUGUUGACGAUCAGCGAGGCUGUGGGAGAUCCUUCCCAGUCUGUGGUUGGUGAAUCCGGUGUCCAAGAAGACCGCCUCUCUCCGCGUCUGUCCAGUGCGUUAAAGCGAGUUAGGCGUCUCAGAGAGGAGGUACCGGGAUGAAAACGAAAAACUGUUUUUUUGCGAUUUUGCAGAAUUUUACAAGGGGAUUACGGUUCUGUUGCCUGCCUGCUUGCCUGCCAAUUUGGGUCACCUGCUUAGCUCCAAGGCGCUUUUAUUAGGCUCCACAUUCCUGCCCAGUGUUGAAUUAAUCUUUACCCUUCAUGUCGCAUUGGAAUAAUUUCAUCUAUCAUGGAUUUGAUUUUCUUUUACAAAGUCACCGUUGAGGCUCGGUUAGACAUCCUAUAGAUUCGGACACUGUAAGCUACCAUCGAACUCACCAAUAUAGCGCAACAUCAGGAGGGGAACAUGGCCAAAAAUGCCCCAGGCGGACCGUUGCGGGAUGACUUAAGCAAGCUCUCCGGAGAGGAGCUCUCCAGGCUCGGCAAAGACGAGCUGAUCAGGAGGCUACGGAAAACGGAUAACGAGAAAAUGUACUUAAUGGUGGAGCACGGGAACAUGAUGAAAGAUGUGAACCGGAGACUACAGGUCCAUCUCCAUGAGAUCCGCAGCCUCAAAGAGAUCAACCAGAAGCUUCAGGAUGAUAACCACGAACUCCGGGAGCUCUGCUGUUUCCUGGACGACGACCGACAGAAGGGUAAGAAGCUGUCACGGGAGUGGCAACGCUUCGGCCGCUACACCGCCGGAUCGAUGUGGAAGGAUGUCGGGGUGUACCAUCAGAAGCUGAAGGAUCUGGAAGCCAACCAGGACUCUGUGAUGCGGGAGAACCUGGAACUGAAAGAGAUCAUUCUGAUGCUGGAUGAGGAGAGGAACGGAGCCGGGUCACGGAGCUCCAUAGAUUCCCAGUCCAGCCUGACCAACCUGAACGGGGGCACGGGAACCGUUAGGGACGUCGGGGACGGGAGCAGUACCUCCAGCACCGGCAGCGCCGGUAGUCCUGACCACCACCACAACCACGUACACAAGCCAAACGAGGGAAAAAUAGCAUCCCUGCGGAGGUCUAUGGACGACCUAUCGCUGGCGUCACACAUCCACCUGCGCAUUCCUAAUGGACUGAAUGAUCCAUCUUCAAACUACAUGAGACAACUGGAGACCAAGGUCAGCAUCCUAGAGGAUGACAACAAGCAGCUGCUAUCACAGGCUAACAGUGGUGAUCUGAACAGUCUGAGGAAGGGUCUGUCUCUCUACCACUCUGAGUCUCAGCUCUUCUCUCUCACACAGUACCAGCAGGACGCCGUGCAGAAUGGCUCCGGUAGGACCCCUAGUGGUGAGCCAUCCCCCCCAGCAGACUACCUCCCUGUGGGCCAGAAGCCAGAGGCUGUUGUCCAUGCCAUGAAGGUGCUCGAGGUCCAUGAGAAUCUAGAGAAGAAAAUCCCUGAAGACUACGACAAGGACCUCAGUGAGAAGGAGAAGGCCAUCGUCAGGGAGAUGUGUAACGUGGUGUGGCGUAAACUGGGUGACGCUGCGGGCUCCAAGCCUUCAAUCCGCCAGCAUCUCUCUGGGAACCAGUUCAAAGGGCCUUUGUAGUCCCUAGGACGACAUUAACCAGCACUCAAACGAGACAAACGGACAGACAAAUAAAUAAACAACAACAACAACAAUGGAUCCUCAGCACUGACUGGACAAAGGGACACAUCUCAAUUGACCCUCUCCUACUCUCUCAGCACUGUGACCGUGGCUAGAUGAUCCAGACAAACCCUAACCUAAACCCAGCCCACUGCCUCUGCAUCUGUGAUAUCCAUCUUUGGCCUCCCUUAACCUCAUGCCCUGGUGGAUAUUGGAAUGGUGACCUGACCUGGGUAGUGGCUACAGGCAAUUUCAGAUUAGGGCUAAACAGACCGUGGCGACGAAUGGUUCGAAACAGCGGGUGGCCGUCCUAUCGCCUCCACAGCACAACAGAGCAUCUGCCUUCAUUUUCUGUUCAAUGCCUGACUAUUCUACAUUUUGAAGCGCCACCGUCACUUGACAGUUAUGGUGUGUUUUUGAAGAAGAGGAAGAUGAAGGGAGGAUAGGGGCACGAGGCAUGCAUUACCAACUAAACUCUCCCUUACAACCUCACAACCAUUCACUACAGUACUGAGCUACUAUACCUGUGACCUGUUCUACAGUACUACACCUGACAGUCCCAACCAGUCACGACAGUACUGAGCUACUAUACCUGUGACCUGUUCUACAGUACUACACCUGACAGUCCCAACCAGUCACGACAGUACUGAGCUACUAUACCUGUGACCUGUUCUACAGUACUACACCUGGCAGUCCCAACCAGUCACGACAGUACUGAGCUACUAUACCUGUGACCUGUUCUACAGUACUACACCUGACAGUCCCAACCAGUCACGACAGUACUGAGCUACUAUACCUGUGACCUGUUCUACAGUACUACACCUGACAGUCCCAACCAGUCACGACAGUACUGAGCUAGAGCACUACACCAUCUCCACCCAAACGUCUCUUUUUGUGUUUGUGUAAAUGUUCACCUACCAAGUGUUCAGGACUGACAACCACUUUAGGACGGACUAUUCUACUGCAGGCCCUGUUCUGUUCUUGACUUUGCUUCCAUGACUUCUCCACAGGCAACUGAUUUGACAACUGACUGACAACCUACGUUUAAUAUGAGGAAAAAUCCUGGAAAUGUUCUGAUGUAAUUUUCCUUCGGUGUAUAGUCACAAGCCAUAGGUUUACAUGACUUGAAACCUAGCUGCUGCAGCCUACUGUUUGAUAGUGUCGUCCCCUUUUGCCUGAGCAGGAAGUAUGUGUUCAAGUGUAGACAGAAUUGAUUUCAAAGUGUUCAACUAAAUUCUAGCACCAAAUCAGUUAUGUGUAACAAAACGUAGCCCUGUUUAAAAAAAAGUUAUCAUUUAAGACCGUGUUUGUUUGCGCCUCAAAUGGCACCCUAUUCCCUAUACCAACACUAUAUAGGCAUUAGGGUGCCAUUUCGGAUGCACACGUUGUAACUAAGUACAGAAAGUGGAACACUGAGUUCAGUUUCAUACCCUGUGUUUCAAAAGUUUCCUCCCAGGCAGAAAGCUUAUAGCCUGGGUAGGGUCUGUUUAUGCUCUCCUGCCAACUCCUAGAAUUGUCAAGCCAAAAAUGUUACAUUUUAGUCAUGUAGCAGGCACUCUUAUCCAGAGCAACUUACAGGAGUGAGUUCAUACGUUUUCUCAUAAAAGUCCCCCGUGGGAAUCAAACUAACAACCCUGUUGUUGCAAGCACCAUGCUCUACCAGUUGAGCCAUACAGGACUUGACAAUGUCUGCAAUGGAGUUGGAAAAAGGACAAACAGCUCUCGGACCAGGCUUGAAAGCUUAGCCUGUCAGACUAUUAACUGAAACCUUAAGUCGAGGAAGAGGUUUUGGUUCAUGCAUAAUAUAGGGUCACUUCUGAUGAUUGAUCAUGGAUUAGAACGUCAGGAUCUUGCUAGAUGGAAGUGGACUUUGAAUUCACAAUCUGAAUUUCUAAUGUAUGACAAUCGUUGAAACGGUUUUGAAAGCAGCUGUUAUUUUGACCAGUCCUAACUUUAUCUCAAUGAGCUCUUAUAGGGACCAUACCUUAUGAUGUCUCAUUGGAGACUAUGUAUACUACAUGAGGUCUCUUAGCUGGGUCCGAUGUAUACUUCAUAAGGUGUCUUAGCUGGCUCCUGUACAUUAUGAUGUGUUAGGCCCGAUGUGUGCAAAAUGAAGUCUCCUAGAGUCCCUAUGUCUGCUCUAUAAAGUCUCAUAGCUGUCAUCUCUAUAGUAGGACUUCAGUGUACAAUCCAUUGAUACGCGCCGAUUAUGUUGACAUCGAUGAAGGCAGCCCCCCGCAACUCUCUGAUUGAGAGAUGUUGGGUCAAAAGCGGAAGACACAUUUCAGUUGAAUGGAUUCAGUUGCACAACUGACAAGGUAUCCCCUUUCCUUUCCCUUUCUCCCUCCCCCACUGCGUAGCUAAAUGAAGCUUCAUAGCUGUGUUCUAUACUCUGUGGCACCUCCUAGCUGAUUGCUGUGUAUUUGAGUCUUCUCAGUAUUGUAUGGUGAGGGCUAAUAGAUAAGCUACAUAACAUUGCCAUGAGACUGACAUAACAGAUGUCAUGAAGAGUUAUAGCAACAUAACAGACAGAUGUCAUUAGGAGUAAUAACAUACACUACAUGAGCAAAAGUAUGUGGACACCUGCUCGUCGAACAUCUCAUUCCACAAUCAUGGUCUUUCAUAUGGAGUUGGUCUCCCCUUUGCUUCUAUAACAGCCUCCACUCUUCUGGGAAGGCUUUCCACUAGAUGUUGGAACAUUGCUGCGGGGACUUGCUUCCAUUCAGCCACAAGAGCACUAGUGAGGUUGGGCACUGAUGUUGGGCGAUUGAGCCUGGCUCGUAGUCGGGGUUCCAAUUCAUCCCAAAGAUGUUCGAUGGGGUUGAUGGCAGGGCUCUGUGCAGACCAAUCAAGUUCUUCCACACCGAUCUCGACAAACCAUUUCUGUAUGGAAUUUGCUUUUGCAUGGGGGCAUUGUCAUUGCUGUAACAGGAAAGGGCCUUCCCCAAACUGUUGCCACAAAGUUGCAAGCACAGAAUCAGAUUCGUCUGUCGGACUGCCAUAUGGUGAAGUGUGAUUCAUCACUCCAGAGAACCCGCUUCCACUGCUCCAUAGUCCAAUGGCGGCGAGCUUUAAACCACUCCAGCUGAUGCUUGGCAUUGCACAUGCUGAUCUUAGGCUUGGCCAUGGCUCGGCCAUGGAAACCUAUUUCAUGAAGCUCCCGACGAGUUCUUGUGCUGAAGUUGCUUCCAGAGGGAGUUUGGAGUGUUGCAACCGAGGACAGACAAUUGUUUAGCGCUACGCGCUUCAGCACUCAGCGGUCCCGUUCUGUAAGCGUGUGUGGCCUACCACUUUGCGGCUGAGCCGUUGUUGCUCCUAGACAUUUCCACCUCACAAUGACAGUACUUACAGUUGACCAGGGCAGCUUUAGCAGCUGACUUGAUGAACUGACUUGUUGGAAAGUUGGCAUCCUAUGAUGGUGCCAUGUUGCAAGUCACUGAGCUCUUCAGUAAGGCCAUUCUACUGCUAAUAUUUGUCUGUGGAGAUUACAUGGCUUUGUGCACAGUAUACACCUGUCAUCAACUGGUGUGUGGCUGAAAUAGACGAAUCCUCUAAUUUGAAGGGAUGUCCACAUACUCUUGUAUAUAUAGUGUAUGACUAUGUAUAUGAUAUCUUACCUAUAGGGGUUCAGGAGUUGUAUGUAAAACGAAUGAGGUCUGAUAGCUGAGCUGAGUUGUAUGCAUAUGUAAGGCCAGUGAAUAAUGUAUAUGAGUACUCAUAAGAGUCUUAUAUACUGUAUGAGUUCUCUUGGCUAGUCUGAGGUCUGAAUAGGCAGUUAUAAACUGUUAAAAGACACUUGCUGCAUUCUCUCGGAUAUGUGUUCUAAAAUCUGAACUAAAGGUUUGCUGUCAGAUUGGUAAAUGAAUCUGAAUUGAGUUUGACAUAUUGUCUAUCUAUAUAGGGGUAUAAUAAAUGUAUACCCUUUUUUGUGUUAUACAGAAGGCUGUGUAUAAAUGUACGUUUACACAUCCCCAUGAAUUCUGGGUAAAAAACAUUCUAAUUGGAGAGAAUAUACUGUAUUGAUAGCAAAAGAUAUUUUGGGCAAAGCCAGCCUGUCACCUUAUUCCCCAUUUAGUGCUCUACAUUUGACCAGAGCCCUAUUUACCUUGGUCAAAAGUAGUGCACUUAAUAGGGAAUAGGUUACCAUUUGGGAUGUAUCCACUGUGUUUCAGUGUUGUUGAGGAGUCUGGAUGCAGCAGGUGACUUUGAACAGUGACAGACUGACUGUGUGUUUGACCGGUCUCGUAACGUACAGUAUAAGUGCUGUGUGAACAAAAUGAGCAGGAAUCAACAAGGAAAAGCUUCAUGUAUAAUAUAUGAGGUAUAUUCCUGAUAUAUGAAGAUAAUUCUGUUUGAAUCGAGGACCUCGAUAAAAGCAUACACUGUUCUGUACAGUGUUGUCUUUAAUCGUCCAGCAUUGAUGACUAAGGAGUUUCCUAAAGGAAAACUGUAUGAAAAAGUGUCCAUACACACUCAAAGUCUUCACAAAUUAAACUUUUGCAAAAGUGACCUUGUUCUUAAACAGAUAAGUCUACACGCAACAAAAUGACUUUUAUAUUUGUUCAUUUGAAAGCACAAAGUUAUGAUUAAAAGUUGGACUAUUUUCCUAUUGUUACAUUCAAACACAUUGCUUCUUUAUUCUCUCUAUGUUGAAACGGUGAUAAUUCUAUGUCCUUUUUUAGCCUCUUUUUCUGUGAUACAUAGUUUAAGGUAUCCUAGGAUAUACAGUGCUAUGUACAUACAUACGUAGUACUCCUGUAGCAUACAAUGAACUAGCAUGCCUUUAUAUGUUUUUCACAAGCUGUAUGUAGCUGAAAUUGGACUGUUAUUUUAGCAAAUUUAAAAUGUGACAACUGAGGUAAGCCGCUUUCAAAUUUUUUAAUAAAAUUGAAGUAUACUUUCU